CGUGGGCGGGGCCCCGGGGGAAACUGUCCGUCACGUGGCCGGCCCCGCCCACCACCACCCCCGGGGGGGGGGAAAAAAAUUUUUCGAGUAAAUUUUGAAAUUUCGAAAUUAAAAUUUGGGAAAUUUUUCCGGGAAAUUCUGAGUGUUCGAAAUUUGGGAAAUUGAAAAUCGGAAAUCGAAAUCGAAAAUUUUCGUUCCCGCGUGACGUGUGAGAAGGCCCGGGAUUCACGCGCCGGAUUCUCGCAGCGGCGUUUUCUAAAUUUAAUUUUAAAUUUUUAAGAAAAAUUCGCUGGAAUUUCGUCGUGAAAUAGAAAUGACUACGGUAAUUCGUCCCCCUCCUCGGCGGUUCCGGGACGCGGACCGCGCCCGGCGCGGCGGGAAACACCUAUUUAUCCUCCGGGGGGAAAAAAAAGAAAUCUGAAAUUGUGAAAAAUUUUGAUGAAAUUUGUGAAUUUGAUUAAAAUUUCAAUAAAAUUUUCAAAGUUUGAAAAAUUCGUGAUUUUUGAUUAAAAAUCUUGAAACCGAUGAAUUAACAAAAACCACUCCGGGGGUUUUCUUCGUACGAUUUCUCGCCGCGGCGGCGUCGCACGGAAAAUCCGAGUUCCGGUAAAAUCAUUGCCGGGGAGAACGGCGGAGUCGCGGCCGCGCCGCGCACACGCGUGUGAUUACGGGGCAGGGAGAGUUUGACACGUGUGGAAAGUCAGAGCACGGGCCCGCGUGGCGGCGCUCAGGCCCGGUUCUCAUGGUUUCCGUUUGGGGCCGUUUCCGUGACGUUUCUGGGGGAAAAAAAAAAAAAUUGGAAAUUUCAAAAUCAAAAUUUGGAAAAUUUGAAAUUUUUAAAAAAAUCUUGAAAGUUCACUCUCGAUUUAAAAGCUGGACUGUGACCGACUUAGAGCUUCCGUGUUUUCGUGUCCCCGUCUGCGCGGCGUCGAAAUCACGUUCCAUGUCGCUUUCACGCGUGUCCGUGUCCCCCCUCCCUGGCAGCCAUGACACCGCCGCCCCUGCACGUGUCCUUCUCGGCCAGCGGCUUCGCGGGAGGAUCGAGGCGUGCACGCGGUUCGCCUACGACCUCGCGGAGGAGACGCGGCGGCAGCCGCUGGGCGCCGUGACCCCCGGGUACGACUUCAUGGGCCGGCUGAGGCCCGGCGUGGAGCGGCUCCUCCCUCCCGACGCCCACGCCCGGGCGCAUGGGCGCCUGCACGUGUCCGUGACGCCCGCGCGGCGCCGCGAGAACCGCCUGGUGUCGGCGUUCCCGUCCCGGGAGGACCUGGUGCAGGUGAGCGGGGUCACGCGUGCGAGGGGCACACGGGAUCUGCGCACGCGUGAGAAAACACGCCAACACGCGUGCACACGUGAUGACACGUGGUCGUGGGCGCAUGCGACCUUUACCCCGGCGUGGGCGCGCGUCGCACGCGCACGCCGGCCCCCGGCCCGCGCAACCCCACAUCCCGCUCACGCGUGUCCCGUGUCCCCCCCCCAGGUCCUCCUCGCCAGCAGCACAUGGGACCGCGGGGCGGGCGGGGCUUCCCGGGGACACGUGACACGUGACACACCCCGCCCCGCCCCGCCCCAGCUCUCCCUGGCCAACCUGACACGCCUGCGCCACGCGCUCUUCCCGCCCCCGCGCCCCGCCCUGGAGGCGGCCUUCUACGGCGGCUUCCGCGACGCCGUGCGCUUCCUGCGCCGCGAGGGCUGGCUCCGGUGAACACGCGUGGGCGCGCGCGCGCGGAGACCCCCGAAUCCCACGUGCGUGUGCGACGGACACGCGUGGGCGGCGAGUCAACACGGGACGGACACGGACACACACGCGUGUGCCUGCGUGUCCGCGCGCGCGCCGGCGCCCCCGACGACCCCCGGCCCGGGACGGCAUCCGGAUCCGCCCACCGCGUCCGGAGCGUGAGCGAGCGACACGCGUGUGGCGCGCGUGACUCCGUCCCCGGGACCCCGGGACGGACACGCCAGGAGGCGGGGCCCCGGCCUGGUCCUCGGGGGCGGGACUUCCUGUGGGGCGAAGAUUGAUGGGCGGGCGGGCCCCG